UCAUGAACGUGUCCUUUUUCGACGUGACCCAAGGCGCGCUGUUUAAUGGGAGCCAGACCUUCGCUGGGACUCUGGCCACGUACUCCGGCAAUGGCACAGACAACGUGGUGACCGGCGACGGCGGAGGGUCCCUGGUGCUGGUGCAAGACGAGCGCAAGCUCUUUGUCAUGCGUGUGGUGCAAAUCGCGGUGCUGUGCGUGUUGUCGCUCACCGUCGUGUUUGGUAUAUUUUUCCUAGGGUGUAACUUGAUGAUCAAAUCGGAGAGCAUGAUUAACUUCCUGGUGAAGGACAGGAGACCCUCCAAAGACGUGGAGACGGUCAUGAUCGGGCUCAGCUAGAGAGCUCGAGAUGGUACCGUGGAGAACUGGAGCGGAGAUUCGGUUAUGAGGAUCUGGUACGCGUUUCCCAACGCAGGUCAAGCUCGGCAUCUGCAUGUACUUUUCAAAAGACGCUCUCUCUAUGUGUUCUAGUGAGGAAAGAUAUGCAAAAACUUCACAUUUCCUUCCGAAACAUGACUACAGGAAAGUAGUCCAGCGACCAAUGUUUGUGCGUAAAGUUUGUGCGUAAAACACGGGCAGUUGUUUAC